CUCUCCGUUCUUCGAAGAAGCUGGUAGGAGGAGCUGACUACAGUGGGGAGGAGUGACUGAUGUUCUGGCAAAUCAGCCAGACCGGCCUAUAGAGGAAAGGAGGAGGACCAUAGAGGAGAGGACAAGAGUCAGAGUUUCCUUUUGAAACGACCGUGUGAUAUUCAGUCAAUGUUAGCUACCUCUUUGUCCGAGUAAGUUGUUUAAAAUAGGGAUAAAGAGAUGGGGAAUCGGGUCGCCCGCGAGGACUUCGACUGGGUAUAUACGGACCAGCCGCAUGCCGACAGGAGAAAAGAAAUACUGGCCAAAUACCCGGAAAUCAAGUCGUUGAUGGGUCCUGACCCAAGGCUGAAAUGGAUUGUGUGCAUGAUGGUGGCUGUACAGUUUUUAGCUUUCUACUUGAUUAAAGACUUAGACUGGAAAUGGGUUCUAUUUUGGACGUAUGCCUUUGGCAGCUGUAUCAACCACUCAAUGACCCUUGCUAUUCAUGAGAUUUCCCACAACACAGCUUUUGGUAACAACAAGGCCAUGUGGAACCGCUACUUUGCCAUGUUUGCCAACCUGCCCAUCGGCCUGCCCUACUCUGCCUCCUUCAAACGCUAUCACCUUGACCAUCACCGCUACCUGGGUGGAGACGGGAUAGAUGUAGACAUCCCUACUGAUUUUGAAGGCUGGUUCUUCUGCACGCGCUUCCGGAAAUUCAUCUGGAUUAUUUUGCAGCCCCUAUUCUAUGCCAUCCGGCCCCUCUAUAUCAACCCCAAACCCAUCUCUCAGCUGGAGGUGACCAACCUGGCCAUCCAGCUCACCUUUAACAUUAUGCUCUACUGGCUAUGGGGGGCCAAGCCUGUUGUCUACAUGCUGGCUGGCUCCUUGCUGGGAAUGGGCUUGCACCCCAUCUCUGGUCACUUCAUAGCUGAGCAUUACAUGUUCCUCAAGGGCCAUGAGACCUACUCCUACUAUGGCUCCCUGAAUCUGCUCACCUUUAACGUGGGCUACCACAAUGAGCACCAUGACUUCCCCAGCAUCCCGGGACGCAGGCUGCCCAUGGUGAAGAAGAUAGCAGCGGAGUAUUACGAUGACCUGCCUCAGUACACAUCGUGGCUGAAGGUCCUGUUCGACUUCAUCAUGGACGAUGCACUGAGCCCGUACUCUCGAGUCAAGAGGAAGCUGACUGGAGAUGUCAAGCAGGAGUAACUCAACUGAAAGCUUCUCUGAAACAAAGCUGCAGUGCCCACCAUAACGCACCCCCCCAUCCACUCUCCAGCCCCUAAACUAAACCGCUUCUGCAUAUUAAUACAAUCAACAUGGG